UAACAAGAAGAGAGUUGGUUGGGGUUUUUUUAAUCAUGCCUACUCUGGUUAUAUCUCUAACUUUUGGAACUUGCUGCCAUGACUGAGGGAACUGAGGUGAAGAAGCUUCUGAAAAUGUUAUUUUCAUAUUGCAUCUGUGUAUCUAGGUAAACUGGCAUAAUGACUACCUCCAGCAAAAAACCUUCAUCAGUGGUCAACUCUUUGGCCAAAAUAUUUGAUCCUAAUUCUUUACAAAACCAACGGCUGUCUGCAGAAGAAAACUUACCUGCUCCCCAUUCCUCAGACAAAAACCUUAGCUUUCCUGAAAAUGUGAGUGGGUUGGAUAUGAAGUUCGCUUCCUUGGGUCAGAAAAUAGACAAGAUACUGAAUGUGCAAGAUGGUGUUCUUCAGAAGUUGGAAUGUGUUUCUCAGGAAAUAUUCUGCAUGGAAAAGGAGAUUGAGAAGUUGAAGGGGAAAAGAAGAGGCUCUGGACCAUCCAUUAUAACAUCUGAAAGUCCAAGCAAUUUUGAUGUCAAGAUGUUGUGUGUAGAAAUUAACAAUAAACUGGCAGAUAUGAGCAAGAACACUGAACAGCAAGCAAAAAAGUUAGAUGGGCUAGAACAAGUAGUGCUGGGGGUACAGCAGGUUGUUGGCUGUUUGGUAGAAAAAUUGAAGACGUCUAAAAUCAACGGUUUACUCCGUAGAGAUGAAAUUCCUCGUAAGCUCCUUAGAGUAGGUGGCUACUUGAGAAAAGAUAAAUCAAGUAAUCUUUUUAGGAUGCAGACAUUUUCAGACAAAAAGGAUGCAUUGUUCAGCAAAAGAAAAGAAAAGGAAAAGUCAUAUUUAACUACAAAGGGAACAAAAUCUAUGAAAAAGAAGAAACCGCCUGAUUCCUCAGAUGAAUCUGAUAAGACAGAGCCUUAUACUCAUACAGAAAAGGUCCAUAAACUCAACAAGGAGAAUACAAGCCACAGCUGGAAGAACGUUCUUCAGAAAACAGAAAAAAGCCAAGGAGAAGCGCAUGCAAUGGAUGAUGCUAGUAAAAAAGCAAGUGACCAUGAUAUUAAGGGAGACUCUCUGGGAUUUGUAAUGAAACAUGAGGUGCCUGAAGAAAAUGAGAAGAAAGUAGAAGUAGAGAUCAAAGGGAGAGAUGCUGACAGUGCUGAUGAGAUGAAAGUACCAGAAACUACAUCUUAUAGUGAAGACACAGCAGAAGAUCUUGAGGACCCAUCAAAAACUGAGGGUCAGCUUGUCAAGCAUAUAGGCAGUGAAAAGUCGUCAUCAUCUUCAUCUGUGAAGGAGGAGCAGAAUGGCAGCAGUAAGCGCCGAGUGAAUGAUGAAGGGCUUACAAAAGAUGACAAUAAAAAAAGCAGGGUAGACACUGCCAGUGCCGGUGGUGGACACAGUUCAGAAGGCUGGGCUGAGCUGAAUGACGCAGAGCUUGCAUUAGAAAAAACGGAAAAAUCUGAUUCAGCUACUGAUGAGAGCGAAAAUAACCAAGAGCCUUCUAUAGGAGACAUUAAUGUUACAAUUGAUGAUUGCCAGUCUCCUCCAGCCCCUUUUGAUCAUCGGAUCGUCUCAGCAAAAAGGAUAGGGAUCAAUAGCUUUUAUCAUGUGCACAAACGUGAUAUUUUGGGAGGUGGACGGUUUGGACAGGUUCAUAGAUGUGAAGAAAAAUCAACAGGUCUCAAAUUAGCAGCCAAAAUUAUAAAAGCCAGAGGUAUAAAGGAAAAGGAUGAAGUAAAGAAUGAAAUCAAUGUCAUGAACCAGUUGAACCAUGUGAACCUCAUUCAGCUGUAUGAUGCAUUUGAAUCCAAAAAUGAUAUUGUUCUUGUCAUGGAGUAUGUGGAGGGAGGAGAACUGUUCGAUCGGAUUAUUGAUGAUAGCUACAACUUAUCAGAAAUGGAUACCAUCUUGUUCAUCAAGCAAAUUUGUGAAGGGAUUCAGUACAUGCAUCAGAUGUAUAUUCUCCAUUUAGAUCUAAAGCCUGAAAAUAUCCUCUGUGUGAAUCGAGAGGCUAAUAAAAUAAAGAUUAUUGACUUUGGGCUGGCGAGGAGAUAUAAGCCAAGGGAAAAGCUUAAGGUCAACUUUGGCACUCCAGAAUUUCUUGCUCCUGAAGUUGUGAACUAUGACUUUGUCUCCUUUCCUACUGACAUGUGGAGUAUAGGUGUCAUUGCAUACAUGUUGCUCAGCGGAUUAUCUCCUUUUCUGGGUGAUGAUGAUAACGAGACUCUAAACAACAUCCUGGCCUGUAGGUUUGACUUUGAAGAUGAAGAAUUUCAAAAUGUGUCUGAGGAAGCCAAAGACUUCAUCACUAAGCUUCUCAUCAAGGAAAAGGGCUGGAGAAUAAGUGCAACCGCAACCUUAAAACAUCCUUGGCUGUCAGACCAAAAGCUCCACUGCAGACUUCUUUCUCAGAAGAAAGCUAAAGGUUCCUCUAGGUCUCAAGAACCUGUGGCUCCAUAAGCUCUCUGAGAAAUCAAAGAAAAGGCACUGUGUGUGGUGAUCGCUGCUAUGGUGUUUGGAAAUAAAAAUCAGCAGCACUGGUGCUUUGACCACCCACACACCACCACCAUCACCUGCACAGUGAUGUGAGGCUUUUGCUAAAUGGACCAACACCUCUUUAGCUGCAGGACUGAGUUCCAGCAGUUCAAGCUGCUUUCCUACCUGGCUCUUUUUCAGUUUUCAACAGCUGCUGGAGUUUCCAAGAAGGUGGUACUGUCGGGAGGCUAUGGAAAUUUGUGUUUGAAAUUCUGGGGUUUGCUCACCUUCGGCAUAAUGGAUUUGGCUUUCCUGACUCAGGUGUCAAAAGACUGGGGGGAUUUCUUUCCCCUGAUGAAAUCUCUUCACCCCACAAGCAGAGGUCGUUCUUGAUAUGAAGAUGGCUGCUUUGAAGAACAUGCUGGUAGCAAAUUGAAGAAUUGUGUGAGAGUCAAUGCAAAGCUUGACUGACCUCUUCUUAUGCAAUAAGAACUGGAGUGAAUUUAACAUGAAUUGGGAAAGGAAUUUUAGGGCACCCGGAAAUAUGAUUUGAAUAUACAUUAACAUAGCACAUUCAUUUACUGCUUUAAUUCAGCUGGUUAGCUUUGGGUAAGUAGCAAUUUGCAAGGAGGUAUUUUGUUGCAGAGAAGCAUUUUUUUUACAUUUUGCUAUCUUUGCAUGUCUGCAUCUUUUCAUAUGAUUCUUUAAGUAUCCCUAUACAUAUACAUUUAAUUUAAGGCACCCUAGUGUGUGUGUGUGUGUGUAGAGAGAGAGAGAGAAUAAAGUAGAUACAGUGAAAAACUA